UAUCGAUCAAAACCGUAACACUAAAUAGCAGCCGUUGCCACUCCAUAAAACCCUAGUUCCUCUUACUUAUAUAAUUCUCCUUCACAGUCUUGUUUUCUCUUCUCUUAGCACUUGAUCUCAGACGCCAACAAGCCGGUAUCUGGAGCUUACUUUGAAUUUUUUUUCAUUAUUACUACAGAGAUGGGUGAAGAAGCUAAAGUAGUGAUCCCAGAGUCAGUAUUGAAGAAACAGAAGAGGAAUGAGGAAUGGGCUCUUGCAAAGAAGCAGGAGCUUGAAGCUACCAAAAAGAAGAAUGCUGAGAACAGGAAGUUGAUCUUCAACAGGGCAAAACUUUAUGCAAAGGAGUAUGCAGAGCAGGAAAAGGAGCUAAUUCAAUUGAAGCGUGAAGCUAAAUUGAAGGGAGGCUUUUACGUUGACCCUGAAGCUAAGCUUUUGUUUAUUGUUCGCAUUCGUGGUAUCAAUGCCAUGCACCCAAAGACGAGGAAGAUCUUGCAGCUCUUGCGUCUGAGACAGAUCUUCAAUGGAGUUUUUCUUAAAGUGAACAAAGCAACAGUGAACAUGCUUCACAGGGUUGAACCUUAUGUGACUUAUGGAUAUCCCAAUUUGAAGAGUGUUAGGGAAUUGAUUUACAAGAGGGGAUAUGGUAAGCUGAACAAGCAGAGAAUUGCAUUGACUGAUAACUCAAUCGUCGAGCAGGCUCUUGGCAAGUUUGGAAUUAUCUGCAUGGAAGACCUGAUCCAUGAGAUUAUGACAGUUGGACCUCACUUUAAGGAGGCUAACAACUUCCUAUGGCCAUUUAAGCUAAAGGCACCUUUGGGUGGUUUGAAGAAGAAGAGGAACCACUAUGUUGAAGGAGGUGAUGCUGGUAAUAGGGAGAAUUACAUCAAUGAACUCAUCAGAAGAAUGAAUUAGGCUUUUUCAUGUUUUAUCAUUUAGAGUUCUUGAGGUGUUUGUUUUAUUAUCUUCAAAGUUCUUUUGGUUCCUUACUGGUAAUGUACCAAUCAGAUUUUGAAUCUCUUGUCAUUGAGUUGAACGCAGGUUUUUUGGACAAUGGUACUUGUGAUGCUAUUGAAAAUUUUAUUUUAUUUUGAAA